GGAGAGAGAGAGAGCGUUUAAUAGAGCCGGCACAGGCAUGAUGUCUUACAUUAAGCAGCCUCAUUACGCCGUGAACGGGUUAACUCUGUCCGGCACGGGCAUGGACCUGCUACACUCCGCAGUAGGAUACCCGAGCUGUGCUUCUCCGUGCGUUGCAGACACCCCGCGGAAACAGCGCCGGGAGCGGACCACCUUCACUCGCGCCCAGCUGGACAUCCUGGAGGCGCUGUUCGCCAAGACGCGCUACCCUGACAUCUUCAUGAGGGAGGAGGUGGCCCUCAAAAUCAACCUGCCCGAAUCCCGCGUGCAGGUGUGGUUCAAGAACCGUCGCGCCAAAUGCCGCCAGCAGCAGCAGCAGAGCAGCGGGCAGUCCAAGCCCCGCCCGCCCAAAAAGAAAGCCUCCCCAGCCCGGGAGGCCGGCUCGGAGCCCAACGCCUCCGUCAACGGGCCCUACAGCCCAGCGCCGCCUCCCCCGGGCACCGCCAUCACCCCCAGCUCCAGCAGCGCCAGCGCCACCGUGUCCAUCUGGAGCCCGGCCUCCAUCUCGCCGCUGCAGGACCCGCUGUCCGCCUCCACCACGCCCUGCAUGCAGCGCUCCACCGCCUACCCCAUGACCUACAGCCAGGCGCCGGCCUACAGCCAGAGCUACGGAGGCUCCUCCUCCUACUUCACCGGCCUGGACUGCAGCUCUUACCUCUCGCCCAUGCACCCGCAGCUGUCUGCCACAGGGGGCGCCCUCAGCCCCAUCUCUGCCUCCUCUAUGGGCGGGCCCCUGAGCCAGUCUCCAGCCUCCCUCUCCUCCCAGGGCUACACUGCCGCCUCCCUGGGCUUCGGUGCCGUCGACUGCCUGGACUACAAGGACCAAGCUGCCUCUUGGAAGCUCAACUUCAAUGCGGCAGACUGCCUGGACUACAAAGACCAGAACUCCUGGAAGUUCCAGGUCUUGUAG